AUGCCUUACCUUUCAAGCAUCAGCGAUACAAUGUGGAUGUGCUGUUAUAACGCAUCGAGGGAUAAUCAAGGGGUGAGUUUAUUCCCAAGAAUAAUACAAGAAGUUAAUAAUGUGCUAACUAGAUUCAAGUGCGGCGAACGUAACAAGAUGAAGUUGGACAAUUGUAGCAAAUGCUCUCACGAAAAAUGCGCUAAAUGCAGGGUAACGCGAUUACAGAUGUUGAUGGAGGACUUCAUAGACACCGAUAAAGUAAAGGAGGCGUUGGAGUCGCAACUAAAGGAAACCCCAACAGGGCAGUGCUGGUCGACAGAUAUUAUGCGAGAUUGGAUUGGGUGA